AUGCCUCGCGAAGAGUACCAAGUCCCAACCACCUCCGGCGCCUCCUCCGCCGGCGCCAUGACCCGCGGCGCAACCGGCGGCGAGCGUCACGACAGCCGCGCCGUCAUGACCUACAUCUGCGGCGACUGCGGCGGCAACGUCACCCUUAGCAAGGAUGCGCUCGUUGCCUGCCCGCACUGCGCUGGCCGGGUGCUCUACAAGGAGCGUACCAAGCGAUAUGCGCCCCUUCUUCUCUCAAAUCUCCCAAAGUACUGA